CGUUGGAAGUUAGUGUCGUGAGUGGCCGGCAGCGGGCGGGUGUGAAUACUCGAGAGGGUGACCAGUGCGUUGUAGAUCGUGAGUGCCCACAAUAUACUUAAACACCGUGGAGAUUGGACCGUUGGGCUGCAGACACUACCGCUGCUCUAGUCUCCUUCAAUAUGUUCAUUGGCAUCACUUCCAGUGGAGGCAACGUCAAUUCUCACUACGAUUAUUUAAUUUGAACACCGAGGAGACGUUAUUCACUAGCCUACACCUACAUAUAAAGCAAUUAAAAUGGCGUUAGAUUUCGUAGCUGGAUGUAUUGGAGGUUGUGCUGGAAUAAUAGCAGGUCAUCCUCUAGACACUUUGAAAGUUCAUAUCCAGUCAGGUCGAGGAAGCCCUUUGGAAUGUACCAAGGCUCUCUUUAAAGGUGGAACACUAGCGGCAUCAUACCGUGGCAUUGGCGCACCUUUGGGAGGUGUAGCAGGUGUGAAUGCUAUAGUUUUUGGAGUAUAUGGGCAUACGAGACGAACAAUGCCGAACCCUGAUUCGCUAACUUCACAUGCAGUAGCUGGUGGCUUAGCUGGUCUGUUCCAGAGUUUUGCUUGUGCACCUAUUGAAUUAGUAAAAACUCGACAGCAACUUGCCACGCCUAGAGAAAACAUGCCAACAGGAGCUCUGUCAGGAGCUAGACAUAUUCUACGUACGGGAGGCAUCAAAUCACUUUAUCGCGGACUAGGUAUUACCAUAGUUCGUGAUAUUCCGGGUUUUGCAAUUUACUUCACUGCUUUUGAAGUCAUGACGCGUGGAGAUCAAUCUGUGACAAGAGUAUUUACUGCAGGUGGUUUAGCUGGAGCGUUGUCAUGGUGGGUUCUCUACCCAAUAGACGUUGUGAAGUCAAAAUUACAAGCAGAUAUCAUAGGACGUUACUCGGGUUCAUGGGACUGUUUCAUGCAGGCGAUAAAAACGAAUGGAUGGCGUUGUUUGACACGUGGUUUGGGUGCCGUGACUAUUCGAGCGUUUAUAUGUAACGGGGCCUGUUUCACAGCAGUGGCGUGGACUGAACGGAUUUGGCAGAAUUGUGCCUCCGAGAUUGCAGUGCAUACGUUAGUACAAGCUGCCCCUAUCAGUGAAACUACUCCAUCCGAUAACACAGACCGACACUAUGACAUAUAAAUAUUUUAAUAUAAGGUUGGGCCUUGAGCAUUGUGCAUUUAAUAUCUUUACAUAUAAUGCUUAUGUGAUAAUAGUUAAUUAAUGAUAAUUCCAGUCAUGUAUAUCUAUUCGUAUAGAGCCCGAGAUGUUUACAUAUAUAUACAAAAGCUCUGUACUAAUUCAAUACAGAUUUUUUACAUACAAUAAUUCGUGAAGGUUUGCAGAUUUACGAAGUAUCUUAUGAGAGUCUGUGAGAAACCGUUCUUAUUGGCAAUUUGUACUGAUUAGACUGGAUGUAACAUUACUUUGUUUUGUAAACAAAUACAGUAUGUUGUAUACGUACUAGAGUGCUAUAAGGUAUUGCUUUUGUGAUUAAAUAUUAAAGCGAUGUUCCUUAUUUAUUUUAAUAUACAAAAUUUCGGCUAUGGAAAAUAAAGACAUUAAAUUAAUUUAAUAAGUACAAUAUACGCAUAAGAAAAAAUUUAUACAAUUUUCAAAAACUUGGGAAUGAUCCACAUAAUGAUAAUAUUACAACAUUAUUAUAAAUAAGCCAAAAGUUCUACAAUAAUUGUAAAUAUUUAAAAAAUAAUAGACUGUUACGGUUUAAUUUUACAGAGAUAAUAAUAAUUUGACUCUACUGUUAUAUUUAUUAUUGGUUAUUAUGAUGUGGUCUUUAACAAGACAUGAGGUACUUCGUCAACCAACAGGUUCGUUCAAUUACAUCUGAAAACCAAAGAAUGAAUGUAAAUACUACUACUAAUUUUG